ACAACCGCGUAUGGAGCGCAGCUCCGUGAGCCCCAGAAGAGCUGCCCUGGGAGGAAAAAAGAGAUCACAGCCCAAAACUGUUCUCCCUCUAGCAGGCACCAUGUGUACAACAGCAGAGGUUGCAUAGUAACGGCAGCAGGAAGGCGUCAGCUCUGCCCUCCUCGCUCCCCGCAGAGCGCCGAGAAGAGCGAGGUCUUAUCUCAGCUGUUAAAAUGGAGCUUGACAUCCAGUGUGAGGAGAUGAGCCCAUCUAGAUGGGCUGAACUUCUGUCCACAAUGAAAUCCUGCAAAACCAUCAGGUUGGAUGACUGCAAUCUCUCCAGCAAUAAUUGUGAAGAUCUCUCCUCCAUCAUCAGUACAAAUCCGUCCCUCACAGAGCUGAAGCUGAACAACAAUGAGCUGGGAGAUGAAGGCAUUGAAUACCUGUGUAAAGGGUUGUUGAUGCCAAGCUGUAGCCUUCAGAAGUUAUGGCUGCAAAACUGCAAUCUGACCAGUGCCAGCUGUGAGACACUCUGCUCCGUCCUCAGUGCCCAGCCGUCCCUGACAGAGCUGCAUGUAGGUGAUAACAAACUGGGGACUGCUGGAGUUAAGGUGCUGUGUCAAGGGAUGAUGAACCCCAGCUGUAAGUUGCAGAAGCUGCAGCUGGAGUAUUGUGAACUCACAGCUGAUAUUGUGGAAGCUCUCAAUGCUGCUCUGCAAAGCAAGCCCACCCUGAAGGAGCUCAGCCUGAGUAACAACACGCUGGGAGAUACAGCAGUAAAGCAGCUGUGCCGAGGACUGGUGGAGGCAAGCUGCAACCUAGAGUUACUACACCUGGAGAACUGUGGCAUAACCAGCAAUAGCUGUCGGGAGAUCAGCACUGUUCUCAGUAGCAAGUCGUCACUGAUAGAUCUCUCUGUGGGGGAUAACAAGAUCGGGGACUCCGGUCUGGCUCUGCUGUGCCAAGGACUGAUGCAUCCUAACUGCAGAAUCCAGAAGCUAUGGUUAUGGGACUGUGAUCUCACAAGUGCUAGCUGUAAUGAUCUCUCCAGACUCAUCAGUACAAAAGAGAGCCUCACAGAGAUCAGUCUGAUAGACAACAACCUGAGAGACUCAGGGAUGGAAAUGCUGUGUCAGGCACUCAAGGAUCCCAGAUCUAAACUCCAGGAGCUAUGGGUUAGGGAGUGUGGGCUCACGACUGCUUGCUGCAAGGCUGUCAGCUCUACUCUCAGUGUGAACAAGCACUUGAAAGUACUGCACAUCGGUGAGAACAAGUUGAGAGAUGCAGGUGUUGAACUCAUUUGUGAAGGGCUGCUGCACCCCAACUGCAACAUCCAGUCCCUAUGGCUGGGUAACUGUGAUGCCACAUCAGCCUGCUGUGCAGCCCUCGCCACUGUCAUGGCUACCAAGCAGUGCCUUACAGAGCUGGACCUGAGCUACAACCCACUGGAAGAUGAAGGCAUCAGGAAGAUCUGCGAAGCCUUGAGGAACCCCAGCUGCAACGUGCAGCAGUUAAUUUUGUACGACAUUUUGUGGAGUGCUGAAGUGGAUGAUGAACUGAGAGCGCUGGAGGAGUCCAAGCCUGAGGUGAAGAUCAUUUCAUGAGUAGUGACUGCCUAAGGAGAAACGUCAAAGCAACGUCCUUGUCUUAACAUGAACUUUUUUAUUCAUAAAGCUAAUUAAUUUAAUAGAGAAUUUGCUUGUACCAAAAUACUUGUGGAUUCCCUGCGUGGAUGUCCAGGGAGCUGACAAACCUUCUGUGCAUCUCUGGAUGUACUAACUCCAAGGCUUAUGAAAACGUUCAUUUUCACUGCAGCAUUACUGUCCUUGAAAUAAACAAUUACUGGGGCAUCUUCUAGAAGUGGGUCUCUACCCUUUAGGAGCUCAUUAAUCUUAUAAUCCCUUCUAAUGCAUUAGUCAGGCUUUAAAAAGAGCUCCUCUCCAAAGGCAGGAGGAGCUCUAGCUAUUGUAUUAUUACUGGUUGGUGCUUUUACCAGGUUGCUGGGGAAGGCUCUCCAAAACCCGUUUCCUAAUCUAAAAUGGAGCUCUCCCCUGCCUUUCCCUAUGAGAGUUCUUGGAACUCUGAUGUAUUCCAGUAUUGGCCAAGACAACAGAGAAGGAGGAAAUGAGCAGCUGUUCAACUGCAUGAUUUUUUUAAAUUGGUAUCCCUUGAAAAGCAGUUUUCCUACAAACAAAAUACGAGUUUCUGCUUGUACCGAAAAUGAUUAAAUGGUUUGGUUUGUGUGCCAGGGCAGGAGUGGUUCUACAGGAACCAUAAUAAAGUCUGUUUGCAAAUAAUUAAA